AUGGAAAAAGAAAUAAAAUGUUGGAAGCAAGCUUCUUCAUCCCUAAAGGCUGCAAAUGAAACAAAGUUUUUUAAGAGACUAUUUUCUGAGGAUGACGAAGUUAUUAUUCUUCAAGGCCUAGCAGGUACAGAUUUAAAUUCAGCUUCAAGCCAUAGUGAUAUUUACAGCUAUUUUAAAAGCCAACUCAGUUUCAAACCUACUAGAACUCAACUUAGAGAUAAAAUUUGUAAAUUAAAGACUAAAUUUAAAAACAAAGAAAACAGCAAAUUUCCUCCUAUUUUUACCAGUUCACACGAGCAGAAAAUAUUCGAUCUUUCUAAGAAACUUUGGAGCAACGAUAAAGAAGAGUCAGAGGAAUCAGACAUUGAAUUGAGUGAAAUGUUGUUGUUUGAUGUGGAUGUGUUCAGAAUGCGAAGGAAGUUGCUUGACAGAACAAAGAAGGCUGAGUUUGAUGAAAGGUGGAACAAUUUGAAACUUUUGGAAAUCAAGUUUUUUUACGACGGUUUAGCGUUAUUUAAAGACCUAUCUGACUUGCUUUUGAAGAGUCCUUAA